AUGGAGCUCGACCAGAGCAUCUCGCUUUGGCGUGGCCGCGCUGUCGAUGCCGCGCUCCUGGGCGCCUCCAGUUGCAUGUCCAAGGACGGCAAUCGUCUUGUCCUGCUGACGUCCACCGAAGACGUGCGUGAGAUCUGCGCCCCCACGCGCAAGUGUACGAACCACUGGACCUUCCGAGCCGGGAGCCUUUACGCCUUGCGGGUGACAGCUGUGCGUCAUCCGCACUCGCGCUUGUUCUUUGGCGUUUGUGGUGCGCCUGGCGUGAGUGCGAGCAAGAAAGCGCGUCAAGUGAGACGUCAAGAGGUCAACAAGACGACUGCGCUGCCAGCAAACGAAGGCUUGACGGUCUGGCGCGACGUGGACACGGACGUAGCGGCGUGGCGACGUACGCCGUUGCAGUCAAGUGCCAAGGCUUUUGCUGUGCUGGCACACUUGAAACUGAAAGAAGAAGUGGUUGUGGUGUUUCAGGACGGCUCGUUUGCAACGUACGAUGAGGAAUUGAAUCGAGGAGUGCACAGUGAUGAUGCAAAGGAUGCAACCGUGGCAGAAGAAGAGGAGGAAGUAGAGGGAAUUGAUAUGGAUGGAGGGGACGAGGAUGCUGUUGAAGAUGCUCGGAAAAUUGAAGAAGACGAAGCACGAGUGGUGUGGGCUUACGUGGAGACAGACAGCCGCAGCUCUUCGAAGGGUGGACUCUUCUUGUCGAUCCUUGUGCAGAAGUUGACACAGGAGGGUAACAAGCAAUUGGAGCUCAUGGUGUAUCAAAUUACGUGCCCUACUGUCACCAGGCGUAUGGGUGGCGUGCUGUCAGUCGUGCUGCGCGUACGUCAUCGUGUCCGUCUGCCGGACGAUGAAGAACUGUCAUCGUGCGCGUUUCACCCUGAGACGUUCUCGUACUCACUCAUUGGCCGAUCAGGCUCCUGGCAGACGCUGCGCUUUUCACGUGAUGCAGUGACGAGCAAUGUGACGCUUGUUGCUUGUCAGCGGAUGCCCAGCUUGACGUCAGCUGAAGGUGAUGCAAACGUUCCGGUGCAUAAGAAACGCAAAUUACAGGCAGCUAAUAGAACGGAGUCGGGCUACUUGGUGAGUGGUAUUGGGCACGUCACGUACUUGGUAAGUCUAUCGUUGGACGCUCCGUCGCAGCUCACAGCUUGGGAUUCCAAGUUUGCUGUUCCCGUGUCGAAAUCAGAGCUCAACUUGACGGCGGAAAAAGACAGCGAGAGCGGUAUCGUCAUUGGGCGUAGCAGUAAAGACGGAGUCGGUCGUCCAGUGCAGAUUGUGAAUGUGGGUUCAGGCGACGUUCUGUUUGUCAUUUAUGAGCGGGGCGUGUUCCUCAUCCACGUGAGGAACAAAAAGUCGACAUUGGCCAGCGUUCUGGGAGCCACGGCGUCCAGCGGUGUGGUGACUCUCGAUACUCUAGCAUCGUCUGCAUUACCUGACAGCUGCGUGCAAUGGGAAUCCAUAGCGUCGAGCAGUAUGAGCAGCGACACGCUAGUGGUUGAGUCGUGGCAGUCGAAAAUGUGUAGUGAUGAUGACCGUGAGCGUCAGCUGAUUGCGGAUCUAUCGGAUCCUCAAGUUGCAUCUUCAGCUGCUGCAUUCAUCGAGCGUCUCGACAAGGCACUAGAGAAGCAGAAGAGCGAGCAAAAGCCUGGCAAGGAAGAGCAAGAAGAGCUAUCGUUCCGACUGUUGCAAGCUGUGACGCGGCGCUGCUUGGAAUCGCCAGAGCUGGGUCUGUGGGCCCCUCUUAAGAAAAUGCUGCUCACUGGACGGUUGUCAGCGCGUACUGAGCCAACGCUGCUCCCAAUCUUGAUGAAGUACAACCAGUUUGCGCUGCUUGAGUGUGCUAUUGUGCACCUGAUCGAUAUCGACGAGCGCUCAAUUGUGCGUCUGUUGAUGUAUUGUAUCCGCAAGAGCAGCGAUUUAUCCUUCAUCGAGUUCGUAGAACAGCAAGUCCAGAGUCAGCACAAACAAGCUGCUGGCAGGAUCGAUGCAACUGCAGUCUGUGAGCGAUUCACAGUAGCACUUUUGGGUCUGCCGACGAAUAGUGUGUUUUUGCACCGUGCAAUUCGUGAAUUGAAGCUCGAAGAGGUCCUGCUCGUGCUUGCUAUCUGCAAGAAGCUGCUGCUUGUGCACACUACUGGAGCCGAUGCUGACGACGACGUGUCGGUCAAGACAAGAACUAGAAAGUCGAAAACCGGCCGGAAAAGUGCUGACCUUGCGCUCGCAUUGAGGACGACAGAGGAGCAGUGCUUUACGCCGCUGCCAUCCGCCUCGCGCUGUUGUGUGUGGAUCUGCGCGCUGCUGGACGCGCAUCUAUCGGCUUUGGUCCAUCGCGCCUCUCGGAACAUUGCGAUCUCUCGGACACUGCACCAAUUGGAUGCUCUCGUGCAGCUGCUCAUUCGCACGAACGCUCACUAUGAAUCUGUACACGGCGUGCUGAGCAACUUUUUGUCUGGUGUGCGACUACCGCGGGCUCCAGGCCUUCCGGACUACAGCAUGGAGGAGUUGUGGCUGUAG